CCGGCCGCCCCUCCGCCCCCACCCCCUCCUCCGCCGCCCCUGCCCCUCGGCACGCAGACCCACGGCGUGCGCAAGAAGCGCCGCGUGCGCAGCUUCUACUGGAAGACCAUCCCCGAGGAGAAGGUGCGCGGCAAGCCCAACAUCUGGACGAUGGCCGUGCGGCAGCAGCAGUACCAGAUUGACGUGCGCACGGUGGAGGAGCUGUUUGGCCAGCAGGAGGAGAGCGGCGCCGGACGCAACCCCACCGCCAGUGGCGCCCCACGUCGUGGACGCUCCAGAGCCUCCUUCAAGGAGAGCAUGGACGAGGUCAGCAUCCUGGACUCCAAGAGAGGCAUGAACGUGGGAAUUUUCCUCAAACAGUUUAAGAAGCCUAACCAUGUGAUGGUGGAGGACAUCCGCCUCGGCAACAGCCAGCCUUAUGGAGCAGAACCUCUGAAGGAACUGCUGAAACUGCUGCCGGAGUCAGAGGAGGUGAAAAAGCUCCAGUCAUUCAAAGGGGACCCGGAGAAACUGACAUUGGUGGACUCCUUCAUGUACCUUCUGAUUGAAGUGCCACGUUUUGAGGUACGAAUCGAGGCCAUGGUUUUGAAAGAGGAGUUCUUCCCCUUAUGUGCUGUUAUGAGCCGUGAGAUCAAUGUCAUCCGCAUGGCUACUGAAGAACUAAUGAACUGUGAGGAGUUACAUGCAAUCUUACACCUGGUGCUACAAGCUGGAAAUAUCAUGAAUGCUGGCGGGUAUGCAGGCAAUGCUGUCGGCUUCAAGCUCUCUUCUUUGCUGUCUCUGGCUGACACAAAGGCCAACAAGCCAGGCAUGAACCUGCUGCACUUUGUUGCUCUGGAAGCACAGAAGAAAGAUGAAGAACUGCUGAAGUUUCCAGAGAAACUGCAACAUGUGCAGAGUGCUGUCAGGAUUUCUGUAGAGAACAUUGAGACAGAGUUUUCUUCACUCUAUGUCAAGACACGCUCCCUGGAGGAAAAGAUCCAGAAUGAACCAGAACUUCUGCUGCAACUGGAGCCCUUUUUACAGAACUCAACAAGUACGCUGCAGGACCUUAAAAGACGCAGGCUGGACCUCCGCAAAGAGGGCAAUGCACUCAUUGACUUCUUUUGUGAAGACAAAGACAGCUUUAAGCUUGAUGAAUGUUUUAGGACCUUCCAGGAUUUCUGUCUGAAGUUCAAAAAAGCGGUUAAGGAUAACUCUGACCGGGAGCUGAAGGAGAUGGCCAGGCAGCGGCGGCUUCGGGAGCUGGAGGAGCGACGGUUCGCCUGGACGGCCAACGCCGCAGGAGCGCAGUCCAGCAGCGGGGGCUUCGGCCGCAGCAGCAGCGAGACCGACGUGGACACCCUCACCAAAGAGGGCCUCCUGGACUUCCUGCUCCAGUCUCGGCCACACAGCCCCCACAGCCCCCUGGGACGCUCCGCCAGCGCCCGCCGCUACCGACACCCCGGCUCCGCCGACCGCAACCUCCGCACUUACCUGGAGCUGUUCUCUGGCACAAGCCCCAACGUUACCGACUAUGCCAAGUUCAACAGCCUGCCACGCUCAAGCCGAGCUCAUCAGCGCAGGACAAUGGCCUGGCUAGCCAAUCAGGACGACAAUCGUGAGCUUGAGCCCCACAGCCAUCUGCUUCAAGAGAGGCAGGUCACUUCUCCAGAGACAGAGCCCAUUAGCCCACUGGCGAGGUACUCAACGGACUACAGUGCAAAAGAUCAUCCCUAUGACAACAAUCACAACCAGUACACCAGCCUCUCUGAAGGUGGCCUCCCCGCUCAUAACAUCAAUGUUUUUCAGAAGACUUCUGGGCAGAAUUUGGGACGCAUAAAUGUCAGUGUGGAGAGGCACAGGCUGGUGGCUGGCCCCCAGCCAUUUGACGUGUCUUGCCCCAACAAAAACAAUAACCAGCAGAUGAACAAUUACAAGGACAUACUAGUCACCAAUCUGGAGGAGGUGGUGAGGAACGUGCCCAAGAGCCUUGUCCUAGACACCCCUCCGUCCAGUAAGAGCUCGGAUGACGCACCGAAGCCUGAAGCCGGGUGGCAGAGCAAAACCUCUUUUCUGCAGCCGGAGGAGGAAGACGACAGUACUGUGUCCUCCACAACGUGUGACACUCCCCUCCCCCUGGACCCCUCCAUGUCUGGUAACAAAGCAGUGUACCAUGGGCUGGACUGCACUGAGACGGACUGCUCAGUGAUGCUGGACUUCUCUGAGUUGGAAACCUCCCCGAUUAUACGCGAGGGGAUGGGAUUCGACCCCAGAUCGCCGGGCAACUUCAGGUUUCCCAGAGAUCCUAGCUCACUGUCCUCUAACUUGGAGUCUACAUCGACCAAUGACCAGUCCAUGUCCACUGAAGACCCUCCUGCACCCAGAUUGUGUAGCCCAGCCUCUGCGAGCCAGUCUGGCACCACUGACGAGCCUGACCCCGACAGUGUGGACACGGAUGAGGGCAGGAAAGUGGACGAGAAAGCUGUGCAGACCUGCAGCCCCAAACCUGCCCACAAGACCAAGGCCUCAUCCAAAGGCUCUGCAACCCAGACCCUUGGCCUCGGCCGCUCUCCCAGGACGCUGACUCCCUCUGAGCACCAGACCAUGCGCAAGGUGGUGCCCCUCACUAAGGUGAGCCGGUCAUUCGGUGGCAUAAGGAAGGCAGAGAGGCCAUCAGGACACGAGGGCAGCGAACUGAGACGCCCGCUCCGUGACCAGAGCACCCCAGCCAGAAGGGCCGUGGAGAGGAACCCUCGAGCGGCUCGCCACUCCAGCCUCCCGCCUGAGGACUGUGGUGGAGGGAGUACGCCCAGUGGCAGCCUCACGCGGUGGGCACGAGACCCAACCCCACGCAGGUCCGCCUUCCGCAAACCCACUGCCAAGCCCCUGAGGAACGUCCCCAAGCCAGCGCCGGAGGAGAAGAUUUGCCGGUCAGCCAUGAGGGCACUGGCCCAGGCUCAGGCCCAGUCCCAGGCCGCCUCAGAGGCCAGUUCUAGCCAGACUCUCCCCAGCGGCUCUAAAGGCUCUAUUCCAUUACCCAGCUUUGCCCGCAACACCAUAUCGUCCGUCUCCAGGACCAAGAAAGAGGCGUCCGCUCCGUCCAGCCCAGCAACCCCUGUCAGGAGUGCGACUCUCGGCCGGACUGGCUCUCAGAAGGUGGGGGGUAGUGUCAAGAGUGAGGCGCAGGGAGGGGCCAGUGGGUUCCAGGCGGAGGAGAACGCCCAGGGCGGCUCUUUGAGGCGUGUGCAGAGUGUGAGGGCCUCAAGUCGGAGUACCCAGCGCAGUGACACCCCGCCACCACCCGUCCGCGAGCGCUCUCGCAAGAGCAGCAACUUCUCCGAAAAGUCCUUCCAGACCUCCAUAUCCACCAAGACUCUCAAGCCCUCGUGGAAGUGAAAUGGCUGGUCACCUGUUUUAGGCCUUACCACUGGAUAUUUCUUUGAGUCCCUGUGUGGUACUGUGGAACCCAGUUCCAUUAGGGGAGCCACGUUAUAAUAACAUCCAUAUCAGCACAUCUCUAAAGGCCUUUAGCUACUGUCUUUAUCGUUUUUUUUUUCCAAGGAGUUCAUCUCAUAUUUCAACAUACCUUAUUUUCUGUAAUUGAAGGUCAAUUGUCUGUUACCUGUUUGGCACAGUUGAUGCUGCGUUUCCAGAGAUUUACUUGUAUUUAGUUGUCUCAUCUGUACCAACAAAUAUCUGUUAAAUAUGUAUAUGAACACUGUAAAAUAUCUGACAUCAGUUGCUUGUUUACUUUGCAUGGUAUACUGUAUAAAAUUGCAAGACAAAAUGCUUAGAACUGUCAAGCUAAGUUUAGCUAAUCCGUGUAAUGAGAAAGACUGUGUCAGAGUGACAGUACUUUUCAUGUUUCACAGCUGCUAAUGAGCUCUUACACUUGACAUUGAGUUGGCACUAUAUCUUUCAGGGUUCUAACUUUUCAGGAGAUGCCUUGCUACUCUUUAUGUUUUGCAAAUAAGUUUUCCAUUUUCAGUCUGUCUGUUUGCAUUUGUCUUUUGAAGUUGAACUACUACUGAAGGUUUGGCAGAGUGCACUAUGUUUCUAGCUCCCAGAUCAUAUAAAUAUUAUAUUAUAUAUGCAUAUGGACUGGUUUAUUAAAUCAGUUAAAGGUGCAAAUCUAGUUGUUGUAGUUGUACAAAGAAAAACAGAUAGGCUUCCAGACCGAACACAGCUGUAAUGUUAUUGGCAUGAUGUGAUGUCAAUACAGGUUUUUGGCAUUCUACAUUGUUUAAUUUUCGCUGAUGAGUGUAAAUAAAUGCAUAAAACAAAUGAAAUAACAAAACAAGAUAUGUAGAAUGUAAAGACUUAUUGUGAAGUACUAUUGUUUCCCUGGACUUACAGAAUUGAACUUUCGUCUAUCAUGACAACAGAAAAUACAAUUUACACAUUUCAAAUGAGUGGAUUUUGCUAGAGCUCUGUAGCAGUGCCUCUGCAAAAGUUCAGUACUAUUUUGUUUCUGUCUUGUAUUUAUGUAUGCAAUGUACUAUAUGUGUACUUUAGCUUUAGAUGGCAUCCAUUGUUCCAAUGGAGAAGACUGAUGCACAACGGAAGUCUUUUUCAGCUAUAUAUUAGCAGUCGUGUUUUGGAAAAGACAAGCAAAUGUAGUCUAAUUUUUGGACUGCUGUACUGUAUCAUGAAAUGAAGAGUAAUUUGUUCUUAAGUGCACCUCGGCAUGACAGCCCACAGCAGUGUGAGUUGAACAGCUUGACCAUUGUGAUUGUAGUUAGAGUAUGUUACCGGUAGUCUCCUCAGACAUUAACAGUGUGUGACGCUCUUACAAUAAUCAAUGCUGACAUAACACUGUAGAUUUCUCGGCCCUCGGAAAUGCUUGCUACACCUCUCCUGCCUAUUUGAAAGCAUUGUGCCAUAUGGACUUGACACACAUGUAGUGCUUUAUAGAGUAGUGCUGAAUAGGUCACUGUAGCAGAUCUAUUUUAAUAUGUGGCUAUCACAUUUGAUGUAAAUAAGAACACAACUUUCAUACCAAUCAGUGAACAUUUGAAUGAUUUAAAUCCUUUACAGCUACAACAUCAUAUAUGAUUCUGAACUGUAAAUAGGUCUACUUCAAAAUUAUUAUUUUUGUUCACAGAUUUAUACAUGGGGCUGUUAUGGUUCAUGGAUGUACUAGCCUCCUUUUGCAUAAAGUCCACUUGAUCAUUAUUCAUCUCUUUUUCUCUGUAUCUGUUUUUUUUUUGUUUGUUUUGCUUUAUCAGAUACAGUGAGAUAAUGAACAGAUGAUGUCAGCUAGGUAUGCCUGCUAUGCCUCCCUCUUUCCCUGUUCUUCACAAUGCAACUGUAACAUGAAGUGCUCCAAAGAGACCCAUAUAUCAGUGCAGUCAGAUCUAGGCUGGUCCUCAGAGAGUAGACAUAAGCUCAUGCCCUGUUUACCUUAUUAUUAUAUGAUCAGAAGGCCUACAGAGUGAAGACAUGUCUGCAAAGGUUCAGGUUGUAUGCUCUACCCCCAGAAACACCAGCACUUCAACACAAUGCCACCUGCUACUCUCCGUGGUGGAAUCCAUCUGCAACUAUGGCCUGCUUUGUGUCAGAGUGGAUAUCCAACAGUGGGACCUUUCCUUCUCUCUGUUUUAUCUCUUGCACAUGCCAAUAAUAUGCACCAUGACAACUGGGACAGUAGAUACAGAUGCACUUGAAUUUUAUCUCAAAACAUUCAACAUUCCAAUAGAAAUUUGAACACCACUGAAUUAUUAACUGAAUGUCACUCUCCAAGCACUUUCCGUAAUACUCAACUGACCUUCUAGUUGGUUGUCACAAAUGUGUAGCUUUUUUUUUCAGUUUUGCUUUUCCUGAUUGAGUGGAUUGACGCAAUCAUGUGGUUGGGCUAGGCUGACGUAGCCUAAACAAAGAGGAUGGUCUUCUUUCUGCCUGAAAAUGUACUACUAGAUUUACAUCGUCUGACAACUUCAAAUAUAAAUGUGUUUGUGAAACUGCAAUUGAAACCACUGUUAAUCAUUUUCUUCCUACCUUUUCAGCUUAAUUUUCUGGAUGUUUACUUUUUAUAGCUGGUAUAUCAAAGUCCAUUUUUCAACCAUUACUGUCUGAGAUCAGUCAAGCACUUUGACACUUUGUGUGGUUUAUGCCUAAUGGUCAGUUAUCAGAAAGUGUCUUAAACUGGCUUAAAUUGUUUCUUUUAAUAGACAGCAACCUCAAACAUCAGAUCUCUACACUGUUGCACGCUGCAGAAUCAUUUGUGCUGUGAUAAAAUAUGAAUAAACU